ACAAAAAUCCUGGAAGGUGGCAGAAUUAAAGAUGUGCUACUGGAGGAGAGGUGCAGAGUGGAGACCUGGCACACUGUUGACACAAUUGAGAAAGGUUAAAAAUGGUCUCCACCAUGCUAUCUGGCCUGAUGUUUUGGCUGACAUUUGGGUGGACUCCAACAUUUGCUUAUAGCCCAAGGACCCCAGACCGGGUCUCAGAAACAGACAUGCAGAGGCUGCUCCAUGGCGUUAUGGAACAGUUGGGCAUCGCCAGGCCACGGGUGGAGUACCCAGCUCACCAGGCCAUGAAUCUCGUGGGUCCACAGAGCAUCGAAGGUGGAGCUCAUGAAGGUCUGCAGCACUUGGGUCCUUUCGGCAAUAUCCCGAACAUUGUGGCCGAGCUGACCGGUGACAACAUUCCCAAGGACUUCAGUGAGGAUCAGGGCUACCCAGACCCUCCCAAUCCGUGUCCUGUUGGAAAAACAGGUGACGGCUGUCUAGAAAACACCCCCGACACAGCCGAGUUCAGCCGAGAGUUCCAGUUGCACCAGCACCUUUAUGAUCCCGAACAUGACUACCCAGGCUUGGGCAAGUGGAACAAGAAACUCCUGUACGAGAAGAUGAAAGGACAGAGACGAAAGCGGAGGAGUGUCAACCCAUAUCUACAAGGACAGAGACUGGACAACGUUGUCGCAAAGAAGUCGGUCCCCCAUUUUUCCGAAGAGGAUAAGGACCCGGAGUAAAGUGAAGGGGCUAGGUGGGCACCCACACCGGCCAUCAGGAGUCGGCAUUGCUUAUGUGCGCGUGUUAUUAGAGCCCCCACGAAUGGCAAAAUGUGUCUAAUGGAGACAUAAAAAGCAGCCUUACUUUGAUAUUGCGUUGCCCUUCACUGAUAGCUCUGCUUUCUGCUAAAUUAGAAUAGAAGCUUUUUAAAAAGGAGGAUCUGAAAUGAGCAUAACAUUAAAAUUUGUGUGUCAGUAAGACCGCCAAGGACGCGCCCUCGGAUUGCUUGCCGCUUGGAAGGGUGCUCAGGCGGCACUGUUCGGGCCAAGCCCGUAAACAGCUGGCGUUUGGUGUCGAUGGUGUCGCUCACCAGCCCUUGGGUGUUGUUACACGCCAAUAAAGGAGACUGUGCCCAAGAGGAGGGGCUGACACAUCGCACUUGGCUGUCUCUCAAUAAACGUGUGU